CUGUACUUGUCACUCUUUUAAUAUAUUGCCUAUAUUGUCUAUUCAUAUACUGCACAUAUAUACUAAGCACUGCAUUACCUUUGCUUUAUGGUCUAAAAUAGACAAAAGAAUAUGGCUCCUAUUGUUAAGCUGUUGUUUGAAUUUUGGUGAAUAACAGAAUUUAUGGGGGUGAAAGGGAGUCAGUGAUUAAAAGAAUCCUUUCAUUUCUUUCAAAAUAAUUUGGGCAGCAACUGCCUAUUAGUUUCUCAUAGCAUAAACCAUGGCUCCUUGGAGAUCGACAUCUGGUAGGAAGUCCUUAAUUAGAAUAUUCCUCGGCUGCUUCUCCAGAGAGUUGAUUAUUCAGCAAGGGGAUGAUCCUGGGAACUCAAUUUGUAUUACAAGAAAAGAAUGAACUGUUACUAGCAUAGAACAGAGACAAUCAAGAUGGUGUAUUGGAUUUUGAAUAAAAGCUUGACAGUUCUGUUAUUUGUAAUGUGGCUGGGGGUGAAUUUAUACCUGUUUAUUGACACUUUUACCUGGUAUGAAGAUGAAGAUGCUUAUGUCUACACACGGGUUAUGCUAGGUACCACACUUGCCUGGGCAAGAGCCUCGGCCACUUGUCUCAACUUUAACUGCCUGCUAAUCCUCUUACCAGUCAGCAGAAACCUUAUUUCGUUUUUAAGGGGAACAAGUUUUUGUUACAGAGGCAUGCUAAGGAGACAGCUGGAUAAAAACAUCACAUUUCACAAGACUGUAGCCUAUGGAGUAGCUGUAAAUGCAAUUAUCCACAUCAUUGCACACUUGGUCAACAUAGAACGAUUUCACUACAGCCAGUCGAAACAAGCAGGUGUGUUAAGCCACACAUUAUCUGACAUUGGCAAGAGCCCCAAUGAAAGUUACUUGAACCCAAUCAGGAGCUAUGAAACAAACACAAUAAGCGAAGUACUGACAUCCAUUGCUGGAAUAACUGGUCUCUUGAUAACUGUGUCGUUAAUUCUGAUCAUGACUUCAUCAACAGAAAUUAUAACAAGAUCAUUUUAUGAGGUCUUCUGGUAUACCCACCACCUCUUCACUGUGUUUUUUAUUGGUCUGGUUAUCCACGGUAUGGGUCAGCUCAUUCGUGGUCAGACCCAUCAGAGUCUUUUGGUGCACAAUGUCACGUACUGCAAAGAUCACUAUCUGGAGUGGGAAACAUCUGCUCAGUGUCCCCUUCCUCAGUUCUCUGGCAAUGACCCUGUGACAUGGAAAUGGGUAUUAGGUCCUGUGAUAUUGUACAUCUGUGAAAGGAUGAUCAGGCUCUGGAGAUUUCAGCAAGAGGUUGUCGUUACAAAGGUGGUGUCUCAUUCCUCCGGGGUUCUGGAGCUUCAUAUGAAAAAACGUGGCUUUCAAAUGGAGGCUGGUCAGUAUAUCUUUCUCCAGUGCCCUGCUAUUUCACAGCUGGAGUGGCAUCCUUUCACCCUCACUUCAGCCCCUGAAGAUGACUUUUUCAGUGUACAUAUAAGGUCAGUUGGGAAUUGGACUAAGGCCCUUUGCAGUGCCUUUGGAGCUGAGGAAAAAACCUUCAAGGAGCCAUGGAAGCUACCAAGGCUAGCUGUGGAUGGCCCCUUUGGAGCUGUAGCGACAGAUGUGUUUCAGUACCAAAUCAGUGUGUGCAUUGCAACAGGCAUAGGAGUCACUCCUUUUGCUUCCAUUCUGAAAUCAGUUUGGUACAAGUGCUGUAAACAAAACACAGACCUGAGACUGGAAAAGGUUUAUUUCUAUUGGAUUUGCCGAGAUUCGUCUGCCUUUGAGUGGUUUGCUGUUCUCCUGUGUUUGCUGGAAGCACAAAUGACUAAGAAAGGGAAAGCCCAUUUUCUAAGCUAUCACAUAUUUCUUACCGGCUGGGAUGAAAGUCAGGCCACCCAUAUUGCCUUGCAUUCUGAUGAAAAGGUGGAUGUAAUUACUGGCCUGAGACAAAAGACCUAUUAUGGAAGACCAAACUGGGACAAGGAAUUCAAACAGAUAGCGGAAAAUCAUCCUAGUGAUAGCAUUGGAGUUUUCUUUUGUGGACCUAAAACUAUUUCUAGAAGGCUUCAAAAGGUGUGCAACUUCUAUUCAUCUGCUGAUCCAAGAGGUGUUCAGUUUCACUACAACAAAGAAAAUUUCUAGACCUUCAUUUAGAAAUGGCAUUUGACUUUUGAAUGCUUGGAGUGUUUCUUUCUUCCUUGUUUCCCAUGCUUCUGGAGGAAUUAUAAUACUUUAAAGAAUAAUGUUUGGCAUUCGUUUAUUAUCAUAAUUUGCUAGUAUGAGGGUUAAAUGAAAGGUAAUGCCUCCACCUUCGUAACUCCUCAACAGAUAGCAGUACUGGUAUGCAGCAGGUACUGGCUUCUUCAGUAGACUCUCCUCUACAGUUCAAUUUGGCAGGAAGCCUUAGCAUUGAACGGUUGUGUUGUUAAAAUGUGAAGUAUGGAACCCUGUGCAGAUGGUCGGUCAAUAAAACUUAACAACGUGUA